AUGGAGCGGUGCCAUCCGUCCGAGGUGUACGAGCUCUUCGUCCGCCACAUGAACACCCCGGUGGUGGACAACGGGGUGUGCGAGACGGCGACGCUGGUGCAGGUGCACAGCGCGCGGAAGCACGGCGUGCUGCUGGAGGCCGUCGCCGCGCUGUCGGACCACGGCGUCUGCGUCCGGAAGGGGUACAUCUCCUCCGACGACGGCCGCUGGUUCAUGGACGUCUUCCACGUCACCGACGCCGCGGGCUGCAAGGUCGCCGACGCCGACAAGCUGCUCGUCCGCCUCGAGUCCUCGCUCGCCGCCGCGGCGGCCGCGGCCGACGCAUUGCCGCGCCCGGCGGGGUGCGACUCGCCCGCCAAGGAGGCGCUCUGCCUGCUCGAGCUCAUCGGCGUCGACCGCCCGGGGCUCCUCUCGGAGGUGUUCGCCGUGCUGCACGACCUGCGCUGCAGCACCGUGGACGCCAAGGCCUGGACGCACGGCGGCCGCGUCGCCGCCCUGGUGUUCGUCCGCGACGAGGACACCGGCGCGCCCAUCCACGACACGGCCCGGAUCAGGCGCAUCGAGUCCCGGCUGAGGCACGUGCUCCGCGGCGGCGCGCGCGGCGCGAGGACGGUCCUGCUCGACGCGGCGGCGGUCGGCAACCUGGACCGGAGGCUCCACCAGCUGCUGAGCGAGGACAGGGAGGCCGACCGCCGCGCCCCGGCGGAGGGGCCGGCGACGACGGCGACGGCGGUGGCGGUGCAGGAGUGGGGGGAGAGGGGGUACUCGGUGGUGACCGUGAGCUGCCGCGACCGGCCGAAGCUGCUGUUCGACGUCGUCUGCACCUUGACGGACCUGGACUACGUGGUCUACCACGGCACCUUCGACACCGACGGCGAUCACGCGCAGCAGGAGUUCUACAUCCGGCGGCUGGACGGGCGGGCGAUCAGCUCGGAGGGCGAGAGGCAGCGGGUGAUCCAGCGCCUGCAAGCGGCGAUCGAGCGGCGCGCGUCCGAGGCUGGAGCUGCGCAUCUCCGACCGCCGCGGGCUGCUGGCCUACGUGACGCGCGUGUUCCGGGAGAACAGCCUCUCGGUCACGCACGCCGAGAUCACCACCCGGGGCGACAUGGCCGUGAACGUCUUCCACGUCACCGACGUGGCCGGCCGCCCCGCCGACCCCAAGACCAUCGACGAGGUCAUCCACGGCGUCGGCACCGAGAGCCUCCGGGUGGACGAGGAGCGAUGGCCCCGCCUCUGCUCCACGGAGGGCGACGCCGGCGGCGGCGCGGGCGCCGGCCUGUUCUCGCUCGGCAGCCUGGUGAAGAAGAACCUCUACAACCUCGGCCUCAUCAGAUCCUGCUCCUGAAGGGCCGGAGGAGGAGGACGCGUGUCGGACGGGAUGGGACGGGAUGCUUGUGUGAAUACGGGACGGUACAGGGGCUAGUUUGUAAAUUAAGUAGGCCUUCUUUUUCUUUUCUAGGCCUGGAGGUUACGUGUACAUGGCAGACACGAGGAGGUUGCUGGUGGGUCGUGUGUGUACGUAUGUUCCGUUUACGUGCAAGUAGACGAAUCGACCGAUGUAAAUAG